AUCUCACACCUCAGGUUGACGUUGAGCCGCACCGUAACCACUCGUGAUCGUGAUGUCAGUCAGGACAAACAGGAAGUGAGAAUAAUAAACUCGCAGGUAGUCUAAGACGAGUGAGAGCGUUUAAAGGUUGAGUUUGUGCCGAAGAGCUAGUUCCAGAAAUCAACAUGGAUUUCUUGUUUGGACGUCGGAAAACACCGGAAGAGUUGCUGAGACAAAAUCAGCGUGCUCUUACCAGGGCUAUGAGAGAGCUAGAUCGAGAGAGACAGAAACUGGAGCAACAGGAAAAAAAAAUAAUUGGAGAUAUUAAGAAGAUGGCAAAGCAAGGUCAAAUGGAUGCUGUGAAAAUCAUGGCUAAGGAUUUGGUGCGCACUCGGCGAUAUGUGAAAAAGUUUAUUAUGAUGAGGGCGAACAUCCAGGCUGUUUCCCUUAAAAUCCAAACACUGAAGUCUAAUAAUUCCAUGGCACAAGCCAUGAAAGGAGUUACUAAAGCUAUGGCUACCAUGAACAGACAGCUGAAGUUGCCUCAGAUCCAGAAAAUAAUGAUGGAGUUUGAGAAACAGUCUGAGAUUAUGGACAUGAAAGAGGAAAUGAUGAAUGAUGCCAUUGAUGACGCCAUGGGGGAUGAAGAUGAUGAAGAAGAGAGUGAUGCUGUAGUUUCCCAAGUAUUGGAUGAACUGGGUCUCAACCUGACUGAUGAGCUUUCUAGUCUCCCCUCAACCGGAGGCUCUCUCAGUGUUGCUGGAGGAAAGAAGGCAGAACCUUCAGCUGCCUUGGCAGAUGCGGAUGCAGAUUUAGAGGAGCGGCUGAACAACUUGAGAAGGGACUAACUUUAAAAAAAUCCCUGUGCCUCAGGCACUCUGGUUUCAUCUAUCUUUUCUGUGUUCUGAGUGGGCUGAAUAUUAAACCGAAGGACCCAGUGAUCUUUCCUUUCUGAGAUUCUUCAGGUUCUGGCAUUGAGACUGCUGACCAUUGUCAGUCUUCAGCCAUUUCUGCACCAGGUGUGGCUGUUGCCCCUUAUGAUGCCAGUAUAAUAUUGCUUUCUGGUGCCACUCCUGUCUGAAAUGUACUCAUUUUACACAGCUUUUUAUCAACUGAAGUGGAAGACUGUUGGGAUUUUAUUUUCUUACAGGUUGAUUCAUACUUGCACAUGGCGCAGUGUAAAAGUUUCCUUAUUGUCAAAGAAUUCUGUUUUGAAACACCAAAAUGAGUUGUUUUUCUCACAGUAAGGAUUUAAACAAGCAGAUCAUUUAAAUUUUGGUUGGGGUGUGAGUUUGUUAGAAUUUUAGUAAAUGAAAACUUCAACAUUGGACUUUUCUUUUGAGUUAAGCAGAUAAAAUCUGAUACAAAGCAUGUUGUGCGCUCUGUAGGGGAGAAUGUACAAAUACAUAUGUUUUAAAAAUAACUUUUUACUGUAAUUAAACAUAACACUGAGUUAA